AUGUCAUUAAGUGUUCUUUUUAUUGCUUCAAUUGGAAAAGGAAAUUUAAAUUCUAGUCCUCCGGAAAUUUCUUGUACAAAUGUUCCAACAAAUUCACCUCUUGAAUUGAAAAAUGGAACCAUAGUUCAUGGAACGAUUACUGGAGUUGAUAUGAGUAUGAAUACUCACCUUAAAACCGUUAAAAUGACAGUAAAAAACAAAGAUCCUACCAAUUUGGAUUCUUUAAGUAUUAGAGGUAAUAAUAUUCGAUAUUAUAUUUUACCUGAUUCACUUCCAUUAGAUACAUUAUUAGUGGAUGAUACACCAAAGGCUAAAGCUAAAAAGAAAGAAGAAUUAAUGAAACAUCCCAAAUUUUUAAAAAAUCAAAUCCGUAAAGAGAUUCGACUUGCGGCUCUUGGAUUUCCAUUAACUAGUUUGGUUACGGUUCCUUGGUUUUUAGGAGAAGUUCGAGGAUAUUCCCGAUUAUAUGAAAAUAUUAAUGAUUAUGGAUGGACUUAUGGAUUAUUUUCAAUUGCAUUAUUUUUAUUUUUUUACGGAUAUGUGCAUUUAUUGGAUUCAUCGAUGGUUACAUCAUCCAUUAAUUUAUAA